AUGGAAGAAAACAAAUUAGAUGCAUUAAUUUGGGUUAGUUAUGCUCCCGGGAACAGUAGAUAUAAUCCAAUUGAAAGAAUGUUUUCGCAUUUGUCAGAUUUAUUAGCAAAUGUAAUUAUUGACCUUGAUCCGUCAUUCUUAACAAUCGAUCGUCAAUUAGAUUCAGUAUUAGUUGAUUUAACAAAAUAUUGGCAUAAUAAAACAUAUGAUAAAUUUAAGAUUGAUUGUAGACCUGUAUUUUCUGUUAAUGGUAAUGCAUUCGAUGGUCAUCAACAAUUGAAGGAUAAAUUAAUGAAAAAUUCUAUGAAACACGUAAUGAGUGAAGAAAAUAGAAAUAUACGAUUUACUCUUCAGUUAUACCUCCGCCAUUGUGUUCGAUCGUCAUAUUAUGUAUCAUUCAUCAAAUGCAAAGAUUCAACAUGUGUCCAUUGUACACGUCAUCCCGUGAAAGCAACGAAAGCAAUUGAACUUCUUAGAUCAAGUGGAGGUUAUUUACCAUGGCCACAAAUGACAUUCAGACAAACAAAACAAUGUCCAAAGUGUCAAUUACCAUAUAUAUUUUCGUCGAAAGCUGAUGAAGAAAGGCAUAUGCUAUGGAUCCAUACGUCAAAUACAUUAUCAGCACGAAAACGUUCACCUUCUAUAAAAACAAAAUCCGUCUCAAAAUCGACGCAACGACCAUCUCGACAACGAAAAUAUUCUCCUGAAUAUUAG